CGCACAUUCAUGCAUACAUUUUCCCUCAUUCGUUUUUUCAAAAAUGGCCGAGUAGGUAGUGCUGAUUGAGUACUCGCCAUCAGUCCAAUAAAGCAGAGUGCACUUUAGAGUUCCCCUUUUCUAGGUAGUGUGAAAACUUUUGAUGAAUUUUGGGCUCUGAUAAAACGUCUGAAAUUGUUAUCCGGAAGUUGCCUGUUCGUGUGCCUGUUGACCGUGUGUCGAAAGAAGAGAAAAAAAAGUAUCCAAAACGGAAAGAAACUAGAAGAAAUAAAAAUCGGUGGUCCCCCAUUCGUUGAAUUAUCGCGAAAUAUAGGGAAAAGAUUUAAUUUGCCAUUUUUUUCAAAUCAGCCACUAUAUUGCAAAUCGCCAGUUCCAUCGAAACGAAAAAAGAAGAAGGUGGUGAAAAGAGGAAGAUCAGAAAAAAAGUGGAAAUUAUUAGUAUAGGAUUUUCCCCAAUCAGCAGAUUCUCCUCGUGUGCAAGAGCUUGCGAAACUUAGAAAAUUCUGUUCCGAGUUCCAGUGAGGGGAAAGAAAAUUCUAUAGUUUCACGGUGGAUUGGAGCGGUACUCUUUGAUGCGCUUUAGGGCCAAUAGAAUACCGAAGCACACCGCGCUACGUACACAUAACCAUCUGGCAUUUUCCGUUGCUUGAGCCGCCGGCACUGAGUACCGAUUGAUUACUCCCAACCACCGGACGGACGGAAACUUCACAGCAGCAGCAGAUGGGAAGAAUCGAGCAUAACUACUGAGAGAGAGAGGAAAAAUCAAAACAUACACGUGAUUAAGUGAUUAAUAUAGCCAGAGGAAAAGAGAAGAUUUUAUUUAUCGCGUUUGCCGUUACACACACCCAGAGCGAAUGCGCCUCAGUGAGUUUAGUGUUUGAUAAAAAUCCUAUGUAGUAGAGAAGGAAGCGAAUUUGUGAAACAUAGACAACACACAGUGUGUGCAUUGAAGAACAGAGUGUGUGUUUGUAUCCAAAAUUUUGCCAAACUGUGGAAAACAAGUGGGCGAAAGUGGUGAAUUAUUUAUCGAUCUAGUAUAAUCGAUAGUGUGAGAAAGAAGUUCGGAAAGAGAAAAAGCAAGAACGAGACCACGAAGAAGUAACAAAUAAGUCGCUUGCGAGAGUGCACUAGUUUUUAUGUAUUGCAGUAACCAGAGUAGUAUGGCUACUCUGUUACAGCAGAAAAAUUUUAUGAAAAAUCUGACUAAUGGAUCAAACAACGUGGUGGUCGUAAAUGGCACCGACGAUAACCAGACAACGACAUUGGUAGCAGCGGGUGCUACUAUGACCACCAUUCCUGGGGCCGCAUCCCGAAUGCUGCUCCCACACGAAACGGUGGUUUUGCCAUCACUAGCUACCACUACACUGGUACACCAGCAGCCGCUGCUACAUCAACAGACUACUCUAAACAAUGCAUUCACCACAACACAUUCACCUGCCUCCAGUACUACGAUCAGUUUAAAUAGUUCGAAUAGUGUAAGCAGUUUCAACAGUCAGUUCAUCAACCAUCUCCAGAGCAAUCAUCAUAUAACGACACAACAGCUUUUUGGCAACAGCAGUCAGCAGAUUGUGUCAACUACAGCUCCCACCACCUCCUUCCAGAGUCCGUUCAAUAAUGCCUACGCAGACCUGAAUGCAAUAUUUCGCACGGCAGCGUCGUCUUCACCCGCCACUACUAGCAUCGUAUCGAUGCAAUCGUUUGCAUCACCUCAUCAGCAUCAGCUGCCACACAUGGCGAAUUCCGCUAGCUCCUUAGUUUAUGUCAAUGGGACUCAACAUAACACGAUAUUGACACCAAAGCAACAUCAACCUAGCCAGCAGCAAGUCCAUUCUCAAACGCACCCUCACCAACAACAACAGACUGUUUCCAAGAGCCAGACUGCAGAAAACAUAACUGCGCACACCAACGCCAUCAAGGGUACUGCGGUAUCCGAUGGUUGUGGUGAACGUGAUAAUAGUACCGGUGUAGUUACCGGAACACAGGAUCAAUCUGCCACUGCCACUGCGACAGACGGUCUGGAUACCAAAACCACCGAUAAAGAAGAUGACCAAGAUCAGGAAGCGGAGCCUGAGAUUGACAUUGUUAUCAAUAAUGUAGUGUGUUCGUUUAGCGUGCGCUGUCAUCUCAAUCUGCGUGAUAUUGCGCUCAAAGGUUUCAACGUGGAAUUCCGUCGGGAGAACGGAAUGGUCACCAUGAAGCUACGACGUCCAUACACAACCGCGUCGAUUUGGUCUUCGGGGAAGAUCACCUGCACUGGUGCUACAUCGGAAGAUCAGGCGAAGAUUGCGGCCAGACGUUACUCGCGUUGCCUUCAAAAACUAGGUUUUAAUGCUAGGUUUAGGAAUUUCCGUAUCGUAAACGUGCUCGGGACAUGCAGUAUGCCAUGGGGAAUUAUGAUCGUCAACUUCUCCGAGAAGUACAAGAAAGAUGCCAGCUACGAACCGGAGCUGCAUCCGGGCGUAACCUAUAAGCUGCACAAUCCAAAGGCUACGCUGAAAAUCUUCUCCACCGGCAGUAUCACAGUGACGGCUGCAAGCGUAGCCUACGUGCAAGCCGCCAUCGAGCACAUUUUCCCGCUGGUGUACGAGUUCCGUAAGAAGCGUAGCCCACAGGAAAAAAUCGAAAUGCAGAAGCAGACUGCGUUCGAUCCGGAAUCGUUAAUAGAGGAAGAUUGUGAUAUUGUAGUGGCGCCGACCAGUCGCCGGAUCGUCGUCGACGACGAGGACGACGAGGACGGGGAUGUGUUCGAUGAUGACGAAGACGUUAUCCUUACCAAUGCCAGUGGUAACAACACCAAAGCAAUAAACCAGCUGAAAGGUCGUCACCGAAUGUACAAGACACGCUACAGCAACGGUGGUGUCCAGAAGCGUCCCGCCGGCAAGGCGGACAACGAUCCAACCGAGGAUACAAUGUUCGUGUCGGACGACGACGUGGACGAUAUGAUAGAAAGCGAUGAAGAUUAGAUUGUAGUGUGAGUGUGUGAAGCUGGAAGAGAAACGCUUUAUUCAGUUUUUUUAUACCUACCACCCUUCUAUUAUUUUUUCAAUAGAAUGAUUGGGUUUUUUGCAAUGAA